AUGGAAAAAUCAUCUACCAACGAAACAAUGGUUCUAACUAUAAAAAAUUUAAGCAAAAGUAAAUGGAGUUCACUCUCCAAAAAAAAGAUAGAAGAAAAAUCUUGCUACUCCCCCAGAACAGAAAAAUUAAUAGAUAUAAUUUCCCCCAUUCUGGACUAUUAUGGCUAUAAUAAGGAGGAUGUAUACAACUUUAUCAGUCUGUACAAAUUUGACAUAGAGAAAAUCCAGCAGGAAUUAUGUAAUAUUAUGGAGUCCAGGGAAGAAAAUGACGAAGGGCUAUGGGAAACUGUCAAAAAUAGGAAAAAUAAAAAACCAGCCGAAAAGAAUGGCAAAAAAAAUAAUUUCUUGCAAGGCAACUCAGGCCGAAAAGAUAAUAAACAAAUUGGCAAAAUAUUUCCCAAAGGGUUAAGAUUAAAGGAAAAGGAUCCUCGGAAAAGUAAAGCCACUAUCACAGGUUCCUCCUUUGCAGUUGGCCAGUAUAAUAAUAAACCCUUCACUUCCGGUAACCAUAAAGUAACGCACUUUGUCAGCAACCGUGCAAAAUAUGAGAACUCAUCUACACUACAUGAAAUUAAUAAAAAUAUUCAUGAGGAGCGGAGCUCGAAGGAAAAGGGGGACAUGGACAAAGGUGCAAGAAAACUUGUGAAUAUAAAAUCCAUAUCAGCAGGAGCAACCACUGCGGCAGGCAGAGGAGGACCAGACGAAGGAACAAGUUACGAUGCGGCGAAAAACUCCAAAGGGGGUACCAAAAAAAAGGGAACGCUUAAAUCGGAAGAAGAAAAAAAAAAAGGCAUAAAUGAAUCCUACGAUGAGGAUUUCAUGAAUAAUAAUUCCCUAGAAGAAAGGGAUACAAAUAGGAGAAAAAAAAAUAUAAUUAAAGAACCAGACGGUGUUGUGGAUGAAGAGCAUUUUGCAAAAGGUAGAGAGGAUUACCCGAGCAAAAAGGGUAACAAAAGCGGUUACCAUAACGUUUCCAAUAGCAGCGUUAGUAACCACAAUAUUAAUAGUCAUUACAACCAGUUUGAUAAAAAAAAAUACGGUAAGUUUGAAGACGGCAAAGCACCACCCGCAGCAAUGGGGGGAGGAUACAAAUCCGGUGAUGAGCACAGUAGUAAAAAGGAUUCCAAGGGGAAAGGAGCAAGCACGACCACUACCCUGAACAGUGGAAGUGGUAACCAACACCACGCCAAUGUAGGCACAAACGGUCUCGGAACAACGACGAUGGCCACCAGUGCCAACAGAUAUAGUAACUUCAACUAUCAUGAUAAAUACUUUAAUAAAAAUUACAACAGGUAUAGUGGCAAGCCGAUGAACGAUUCACAAAUCCAAAGAAACGACAAACAGAGGUAUCCCCCAUUUGGUAAUAAAUCCACAGGUGUAUACAACAAUGAGGGAAAUCAUAGUUAUUUUAACGGAUAUACUAAAGGGGGACUGAAACAACCACCCUAUUUGAACAAAAAUAAUUUAAAAUCGAAGAGAAACAGUAGUAAGAAUAACAGCGUAGAUUACGAUUACGAGGACGAUGCUUACAACGGGGAAAAGCUAACUCACCAUACUGAAAAAAAUAAUGACGAAUCUAGUAGUGUACUCAACGAAAACGACCUCAAUGAUAAGAAGAAGACGGGCAAUGAUAAGGCAACUCCCAGCACGUCCUACGCAUCUGUUGUUAACAACAAAAUGAAGCAAUCGCCUUUAGCAUCACCCGUAGAAGAAGCGAAAAACGCACAAAUUAUAUCGAAUGAUAAUACAUUCGUGGAGGAAGAAAAAAAAGAAAAGAAAAAAAACAAAUGUCAAUUAAUCCCAAUUAAGAAUAAUCAACCAGAAAAACUGUGGGUAUCUGUUAUCACGAAAGGUACUGUUAGCGCGAAUGCUCAGGAUGUGGGUGAAAAGGUGGAUCCAUCCGGUAUGAAGAAAAAUGCCCUCAGCAGUUCCAAGGAAUUGAAAUCGGAAUCGACCUCGCAGCAGGUCGUUAAGAAGGCAGCCGAUCAGAGCGGCAAGCCUGAAAAGCAGAAGAAAAAGGGAAAGGGAAAAGAUAAAGAUAAAGAAAAGGAAAUGGAAAGCAUUUCCAAUAAUGCCUAUCCUAGCAGUAAUAACGCAGGCUACAAGGGUGAAGACCAAACCGAUGAAGAAGAAUCGCACUAUAAUAAAGGAGCCCAGUUAAGUUACGGCAAGGAUGGAAAAAAUGAAUCCAUGCAUAGCAUCAGAAGUAACAACAAAUCGUCCUUCAUCGAGGUAGACGCAAAUGGAGAAGAAUCAUUUGUACAGCAACAUGCCAAAAUGGAAAAGGAAAAAUACGCAAAUGAAAGCUACAGCGUAAGCAGGAAAGAAGCCAGUAGUACCAAAAAAAUCACUGAAACAAAACUAGACACUGAUGAUAAGAAAAAGAAAAAGAAGAAAAGAAAUGACCAGGAUGUGGUCUCCAGCCCCAUUAAUGACAGUAACAUUUCCACAAGGGUGAAAAGCUCUUCAGGUUCCCCCGCGGUAGAUAUCAAAAGAGGUAAAAGUAGCAAAUUAAGCAGCAACAAUAAUAGCAGCCUCAACUUAACAUAUAGUGCGGAAAAACUCAUGUCAGAUGACUUCAUCCAAUCAGAAAGCUACGACGGAAAUGAAAAAACGAGCAUUCCUAUAUACAUGCCGAACUUGGCACUCAUGGGAAACAACACCAUGAAUAAGAAAAUCUUCUUCGGAAGUAUAAAUAUCACUGGUGAUCAAAUAGAAAAUAUUGACGUCAUGCCAGAUAGCAAACUGGAGCAUAUUAGAAAUAACUACGCCGGUAACAGCGGUGCGUACGACGAGCAGAGUGCCCAUUAUGGAACCCACGCCGGUGGUUACCACAACCAAGGCACCACUACCAGGUACAAUCACGACCUUAAUAGCUACAACAACGGAGGAAGUAAUAACACCAGUAGUAACAAAAUGGUGCACACCGAAAAUAGGAAGAAGAAUAACCUCAGGAAGAAUUACGGCAUCGAUUCUACCCCCAUGGGCAUGAACAACGACCACGUGGGCAACGCCACCCAUAACCGCUCCUCGGCUAUGCAUCACAAGGAAAACGACAACAGAGACUACGACCACAACAAUAACGACUUCAGAGGAUCAAAGGAAAGAGAAUUUAAACACUUCGAUUUUAAAAGCAGAAACCAUAAACGAGAAGAUAACAACGAUAUGCUUAAUGAAAACAAACACAAGUCCAUAUUCUCAUCUUCCAACAGUAAGCAUAAUAAUACCACCCCCCAUGUGCAUACUAAGUCGCAGAAUUUGUACCUACCAAAAAUGACAACGGCAGGGUCUUCAUCCUCCUCUGCCGUGGCUGCAGCGACAGCAGGUGUGUCCUCUUCCUCUUCAAAUAAUCACCACCACCAUAUGCAUAACAAUAGUGGUGGAAAUGUCAGCGUGAACAGUGGAAACCAGAACGCAAAACAUUUGCUGAACAGCUCCUCCUCUGUUUUUAUGAACCAAUCCCCGAGAACGAAUGGCUCUCAGGAUAACUCCUCCUCUGCCCUAAUGACUGGAAAGAGCAGCAAGUACGUGCAGAGCACACUGAAGAGCAAGAACUACGAUCACGACGGGGACGACUCUGGUUCGAUACAGCUGAACCAAAUUUCGCACAAGUUUCUGCACGGCGGUGUUGGUACGGUGGGCACAAAUGGCAACGCAAACACUAGCAGCAACAGUAACGGCAACACUGGUGCUAAUACCAGUGGAAACAGCGUGAACGGGGGGAACAACGCAGGCACCAGCACCACCAGCAUGUCGAACAAAAAUACCAACACGGACGUAAGCAACAUCAGCCUAAUGAACAUGGGAAUGAACAACCUGAGCAACAAUAACAUAUACAAUUCGUACAACUCCCCCCCAGGAUUGGCCAACCAGUUUAAUUACUCCUACACCAAUCUGUCUUACCCAUACAACAAUAUGCACUACAAUGGAUACUCCACACAGACGUUGGUGCCGCAGUAUGGACUCAUCAACAACCACUACACGAAAAACAACAGCAUGCACAACAAUAAUUUUAACUACAACCUAAAUUACGAUAACUUCGAUGAGAGCAAUUUGUAUGCACAUAACAAUAGCAUGCACAUGAAUAACUACGUGAACUACAUGAACGUCGGUGUAAAGAAGAACCAACUAAACAACUUGGAUGACGAUAAUUUGAGCAAUUCUGGGGAAGUGUCCAUAUCGGGCUCGUUGCAACAAUCGCAGAAUCUGCCACAUGACAACCAGAGCAGCUCGAACCAAAACUCCCCCAGCGUAAAUAACAGCAACAAUGGCAACGCAAACACCACCAAUAGUAGCAACAACAGCAAUAGCAACGGUAGUAGUAACGCCUGCCUGGAGGGAACCACCAACAACGGAAUUAGCAACCUAUCCCUGAACGGUAUUAACAUGAAUAGUAGCGUUAACCCGAAUCUAACCAUGUCCUGCACGACAACCACCACCAGUGAAUUAAAGAAUAAACAACAGAUAAGUAAAAACAUGAGCGACAUGCAGAUGCAGUCACAGUCCAUCUCAUCACUCAAGCAGAGUCCAACCCAGCAAAGUAAGAAUGGCACCAGUUUGAGCAGCACCCAACAGCAACAACACACGUCUAACCAACAUACACAAAGUAAACACGCAACACAACAACACCAACAAAAUUUACUAAACAGUAAUAAUAACAGCUCCAUAAAUCAGUACACACAGAACCAGAUCAACCAAAACAAUUCGCAAAACACUGCUUCGUCCACUUCUUCCUCACUGACGAGAAAAGUUGAAACAAACAACCUCAACAGUGGAACCCAGAACAACCAAAACAGCCAAAACCACUUCUUAAACAAACAGCUCUACCAUAAUAGCAACUACUACAAUGUGAACUCAAACAAUAAUUAUAACAUACCCCCCGGUUUUAACAUGACCCAAGAGAAGGAACAGAACAAUAACUACCUUAGUAACAACGUGUCUUCUGCCAAUGCCAAUAGCAGUGUGGCGGCCUACAGAAACAACUGGAACAAUAUUAACGAGAAGAAUUUAAACCACUACAGCUUGAACUACAAUUAUAAUAGGAACUCCAAGAACAACUUUAACUACACCAGCAACUUAAACUACAGCAGCAGCAACGGAUACAACGGCACACGAGACAACACGAACAACUUCUUCAACUACAACAGCUUCAACUACGGCCUACAGUCCCCACCCGGUCUGCAGAAUUAUUACCAAAAUACGCAGUACCAGCAACAGAACAGCUACUCAAACCGCAACUACAAUUACACGGGGUACAACAAUAAUCUGUCCAUGUGGAAGAAGAAUAAUAACCCAUGGCCCGAGGAUUUCACACCCUGA